ACAAACUUGUCGGUGAUCACCACCUCCCCUCUCGCCGAGCAACUUUCUUCCAGAAUUCUUCCCUGCUCUUCCCUCUGCGUUUUUGUCUUUUCGCGCCGCAAGUGAACCUCGGAUCGAAGCGGAAGCGUGCGCUUUUGCUUUCGCCAGCGGUUGGCGGAUGGCUCCAAGUGCAUUUUCUAAUCUAUACCCCGCCCCCCCGCAACUACACGCACACACACACACAAGCGCGUAGGACGUGAGUGUGCGCAAGGGCAAGUCCGUGCGCCAUAGGCGAGCAAACAAACAUGGACGAGCUGGUGCUGAGACUCGCUUUGGUCGCUGUGCUAGCCUCUGGUGCUUUCGGUGACACCACGGCACCUCAAUCGGGUUUUUCAAGCGGCGUCACGUUCAGUCGGCACCCGAGCAACCAGACGGUCUCUCAGGGCAAUGCCGUCCGUCUGGGCUGCGCCGUGGAUGGUGUGGAGGAGCCAGACGUGGUUUGGAUGAAGGACGGCGCUCGGCUCCUCAGCAGCGACCAGAUGUUCAUUGCCCUCGGGGAGAAACACUGGGAGACCUACCACAGUGCGAAGUCGGUCCAGCAGCAGGAUGCGGGUCAGUACUGGUGCGAGGUGGACUUCCGCGGUCAGACAUUGUCGUCGGAACGAGCCUGGAUCACAGUCGAAGGUGUCCCCCACUUUGUUCAAGAGCCUCAGGAUGUGGCCACGCUCCCCGGCGAGCCCUUCAACCUGACCUGCGGUGCUGUCGGGCCGCCCGAGCCCGUGGAGGUUCUGUGGUGGCUGGGAGGCGUCCAAGAGGGAGGCGCCACUCCGUCCCCCUCCAUCUUUCGGGUCCUGGGUGUCAACAACACGCUCAAGUUCUACUGCGAGGCCCGUAAUGCCCGGGGAAUCUCCGUUUCCAGAACCGGAACGGUCAACAUCAAAGUGUUGCCGGCAGCUCCCGCCGGACUCGAGGUUGCCAAGAUGGUUCAGAGCGAUGCCUUGUUGUCAUGGCAACCAGGAUUCAAAGGUCACUCUGAGUUGUCCGCCUGCAUUGUCCAGCUCCAACGGUUGUCUCUCGGCCGUGUCGUCAUGCCCGAGUGGUCGGUGGCCGUCCCUCCUCACAGUCACGUCCUGACCGGUCUGACCCACCACACAAACUACAGCGCACGUGUCUCCUGUCUCAACGAGGUGGGGGCGUCACCCUUCUCCCCCUGGACGCACUUCCUCACGCCCGAGUCAGUACCCUCCGUGGCCCCUGGGAACUUGACCUUCAAGUUGUCGGAACGGCAGCUGAGCCUCAGGUGGGCGGAGCUUCGGGAGGAGGAGCUUCAGGGACAGCUGCUGGCCUACAAGCUGCAAUGGAUCCUGGGAGGGGAGCGACAGGAGCCGCUCCUGUUCAAGGAGCCCAGGGCCAGGCUUACGGGCGGCGGUCGCCUCUUCAACGCGUCCGUCCAGGUGUCGGCCUGCACAGCUGUGGGAUGCGGACCCUGGAGCCCGCCCGUUGUGGUCCUGCCCACUUUGGGUGCCUUUGAGCAUGCAGACGGCUGGGCAGUGUCCGCAAGCGCCCCCACGGAGCGGAACCACAUCUGGGUGGGCGUCCUGUUCGCCUUUCUGGCGCUGACAGUCUUGGCGCUGCUUUUUUCAGUCUUUGCUCGGCGACGCGGGAAGGAAACGCAAUUUGGUUGGGUUUUCCCCCCCACCGGCACUGACACUCCGGUCUCCUUCACGGCCGCUCGCUCCUUCAACCGAAACGCCGGCGACAUGCAAGUUUCAACAUUGGAUAGUCUGGGUAUUAGCGAGGAGCUCAACAACACACUGAAGGACGUUCUUAUCCCAGAGAGGCUGCUUGUACUCGGCCACAUGCUGGGCAAAGGUGAGUUUGGCUCGGUGCGUGAGGCCUUCCUGAAGAAAGACGACUGCCAGGUCCAGAAGGUAGCAGUCAAGGUUCUGAGAUCUGACAUCACCGCGUCAGGUGACAUCGAGCAGUGCCUGAAGGAGGCGGCCUACAUGAAGGACUUCCACCACCCCAACGUCAUCCAGCUCAUUGGAGUGAGUUUGCAGCGGCGUCAUGCUCAGCGUUUGCCCGUCCCAAUGAUGGUCUUGCCCUUCAUGAAGCACGGAGACCUGCACACAUUCCUGCUCCUGUCCAGGCUCGGUGACCAGCCCUUUGACUUGUCGGCGCACGUGCUGGUUCAGUUCAUGUUGGACGUGGCGAGGGGGAUGGAAUACCUGAGCGGUCACAAUAUCAUCCACAGAGAUCUGGCGGCCCGCAACUGCAUGCUGGAUGAGAACAUGGUUGUGUGCGUCGCAGACUUUGGUCUCUCCAAGAAGAUCUACUCAGGAGACUAUUACCGGCAGGGAUCCGUCUCCAAGCUCCCCGUCAAGUGGAUCGCGUUGGAAAGCUUGGCCGACAACGUCUACACCACGCAGAGCGACGUGUGGGCCUUUGGCGUCACCAUGUGGGAAGUGAUGACCCGCGGCCAGACGCCGUAUCCUGGCGUGGAGAACUCUGAGAUCUACGAGUACCUGAUACGAGGAGAGCGCCUCAAGAAACCUGCCGAGUGCAGACAAGACAUUUACGACGUGAUGCACAGCUGUUGGAGUCCAGUCCCCAAAUGUCGGCCAACGUUCCAACGUCUGGUGGUAUUGCUGGAGGAGCUGCGGCUUAGUUUUUCACCCGGCGUCCCGUGCAAGGAGUCCUUACAUUACGUCAACGUGAAGGGAGAAGGCCAAGAGGGCAGGGGGGCCAGCGGGGCAGACGGCGCACGAGAGGGUGACGGCUUGAGCGUCCCCUGGAAGCGGGACGCUGAGGACGAGGAGCAGGACUGGCUGAUGGUGGCGUCCGGGGCCGCGCUGGCUAUCGGAGGCAGCGCAGACUACAGGUACAUUGUGGACCCCUGUGGAGGGGGGCAGGGGCCAGGCGUGGACAAUCUGGAAGAGGACGACGACGCUGUUGUUCACGUGUGAACUGACCGAAUGGGACUCGAGACACCUAGUGAACACUUGAGUUUUGCACACUUUCUUUGGCACUUUUUAACUUGCUUGUUAAUUUGAAUGAAUGAGACUCAUUAAAAACUUUCAUUUCUAACA